AUGCCCGCCCUCACGAUCAACACUGAUAACCUCCCCAGCGACAAUCCUCCUUCACCAAGCCGACCGCCUGUUUCUCCUCUCACUCCGCCGCUGCGUCCUACGCAACCCCCCGCGCCCGAACCUUCUAGUUCUAGCGCCGCCCCUCGCCCAAGCUUUACACAUUCACAACCCGACCAGACUGCCAUACCGCCGCCGGCGCCUCAACCGCUAGACUUUGAUGCGAACCCAGAUGUGAUCGCCCUCAAGUCGGCGAUUUCCGUUCUGCAAAUACAGCGACAACGUGCCACCGCCGAUAUCCAAGCCCUCAGCCGCGCAAAGGAGGAAGCAGUGCAGAAUCCCGAGGCCUUUAUAAAUGAUCUUGUCGCAAACAAAAUCAAUGCGCCUACCAAUGACGACAGUGAUAGCGACGAUGAAGAUACAGAAAUGAGCGGGCAAGGCUCAGAAAGUCAGCAGAAAGACCCCGGCGAAGGUUCCUCCAAACAGCGCAUCGCUACGGAACCGCCAGCAUGGCAGAAAAUUCCUCAACCACAAAACGUGGUUCGAUGCCCACCCAUAAACUGGUCUCAGUAUGCUGUCGUAGGCGAAUCCCUCGACAAGCUGCACAAUGAGCAAGUCGCCCGUCCAAGUCAGGGCACGCCAGCAACUGUGGGCGCAACCGGAAUGUACGAGUUCAAGGGCGAGGGAAAACAGGAAAGAUACCAAGGUGUUGCAGCACCUUAUGCUCCGACUCAGGAUCGCCUAAAGAAGAAGCCCAAGAGCAGAAAGUCAUGA